AGCAGGACCUUGCACUGUUGUUUCCGGACUGCUCCUCCUUUGUUUUACACUCCCUUCCUUCCCUAAUAAGAAACCAUUUGAGUCUGCCCUAAGGGACUCUGGGAAGGUCUAGGAAGCUGAAGCCUUUUCCCAACAAAGCAGAAACAGGGGACACAGAAAGCGUUUGUAUCCAGGAGGGCCCCACAGGGUCCUGCUCGGUUUCAGGGGGAAGGUAUGUAAACAGAACAUUACUAUACAACGGGAAAGGCAGCGGAGGUGGGAGGGAAUGCCAUGCAGACUCAGCGGAUACUGUCUCUGCAGCAGGUGUCACCUUGCAAGUGGCCUUUGAAGAAUUAAGACUUACCUGGGCCAACAAGCAUAUACUACACACAAACAAUCUUACAGGUCUGCAGAAGAGAAGGACUUCAUAGAAACGGCGCUUGGGCAAGGGAAGCAGGACACAUCAUUCCACGUGUAAAGCACUAUGUGAGUUAGAGAUUAAGUAAACCACGGUCUGUGCUCCCAGGCACAACACAAGGCACCCGAGUACAACGCAAACUGCGUUGAGGGGAAAAGGAAAGGUGAAUUUAACUCUGGUCCGAAGUACGAAGAUCACGAGGACGACGGCAGGUGAGGGUGGGGAGGACUUUCUUUAGGGCUCUGGAGGGGGUGGGUGCAGUACAGUGAGGGCCGGAAAAAUUAAGGUGGGGCGGUAGGAGUUCAGCCUUAAGCAGAAAAGGGGCGGAGGAAGCUGGACAGGAGGGAGGAGAUUCGCGCAGAAAAGUGGGUGGAACCAGUGGGCUCCACCCCCUCCCCCGCCUCCCACUCCCCACAACCUACUUAGCGCGGAGUCUGGUGAGACAGGUGAGGGAAGAACUCGGUGCAGGAGUUGGGGAGGGGCCAUGGUGCCAAGCCAGCUGUGGGGGAGACUGGAGAAGCCCUUUCUCUUCCUGUGCUGCGCCUCCUUCCUCCUGGGGCUGGCUUUGCUGGGGAUACGGCCGGACAUCGCCCCUGUUGCUUAUUUCUUUCUCAGCUUGAGCGGCUUCUUCUUGUUGGUCUGCUUCCUGGCCUGCCUUUUGGAACGGGGGUCUCAAUCCAUGCAGACUGAGAGCCCAGGGGCCUCAAGCAAUGCACGGGACAAUGAAGCCUUUGAAGUGCCAGCCUACGAAGAGGCCACGGUGUUGGAAUCACAGAGCCACCCCCAAGAGCUGGAUCAACCCCCCUCCUACAGCAGUGUUGUUGUGAUCCCCCCAGCACAUGAGGAGGGACAGCCUAGCCACCCAGAGGAGCCCAGGAGAGCCAGAUUGGACAGGCGAGUGGGCUCAGAAGGAUCUGUGACCUCAGGAAGCCAUGGAAGACCCCCAGUCAGCCUGCGGCUUCGGGGAGCACGGGUUGUGUCCACUGUCCCUGACCUGCAGAGCUUGUGGACUGUCCCCAAACUGGAACCGCUGACUCCACCCCCUGCCUAUGACGUCAGCCUCUGUUACCCCGAUGAUGAUGUUUUCUAUGGAAACAACUGGACACCCCCCUAAAGGGCCUUCCCAGGAUCUACCGUCUUUCUGCAGCAGACUCAGGCUUUCGUUCGACCAUCACUUCCCAGGGCCUGUUACGUGCCCGGAGCUGAUCCACCCGCACAUCACAGAUGAAGACGUCAACCCAGAGGGGAGUCAGGCCACCACGAGCCAGGUCUAGUCUUGAGGUGGCACAUCCCAGACAUGUAGGCGGCACAAUCUGAGCCUUCGGGAAAUCGCCAGUGACCUGCCCCAUAGCUGAUUAUCUCCAGAGUGAGGCUGAGGGUGAGAUGAGGAGGCGAGCCAGAGAAAUCUGGUGAAAGAAGAAAAGAAAUACCAUCUGAGUGGCAGCUAUGUUGCCUCAGUUCUGGAGCUUUCCGUCCGUUAGAUCACAAAAAGUGAGGUAGUAGCGCCCUCAUUUGCAAAAUGAGGCUUCCAAGGGUCAGAAAAUUUGAUGAUUUGCACAGGGGCCCGCUGCUGAUAAAUAGCACACAAAUGUCUUGAACUCUGCUCUUCUGAUGCCAAAGAAGCAGGCGCUAGAUGGGGCCCAGGCUGAGCAACUGUGAUCUGUCCUUCUCCCCCAUCUCCGCCCCCCCACCUUCCUGUGCGUUCUCUGCAUCUCUCUUCUCUCUUCAAAUAAACACUUAUUUGCCUCACUA